GUCUGUUUCCUACUUCUCUCUGCCACCCCUUCUCUGUCUUCUCUCUUCUUCUUCUUCUUCUUCUUCUUCUUUGUGUCAAACUCGUGGGGAAGCAUGGCUCUUUCUGGGGAUCGCAAAGAUAGAGAGUUGAAAGUCCAUGAAAGUUUGGAUGAGCUUAGCACUGUUUUAGCAGACUACAUUGCUGAAAUAUCAGAGGCAGCGGUGAAGGAGCGGGGCGUCUUUGCAAUGGCUAUAUCUGGUGGCUCUCUCAUUGGCUUAAUGAGAAAACUGUGUGAAGCUCCUUAUAACAAGACUGUAGACUGGGCCAAGUGGUAUAUUUUUUGGGCUGACGAGCGUGUUGUGGCAAAAAAUCAUGUUGAUAGCAAUUACAAGCUCGCAAAGGAUCAGUUUUUUUCUAAGGUACCUAUUAUUCCCAGUCAUGUGCAUUCCAUUAAUGAUUCAGUGUCAGCAGAGGAGGCUGCUGAUGAGUAUGAAUUUGUUAUUCGACAGUUGGUGAAAUCUCGUGUGAUCAGUGUGUCCGAUAUAAGUGACUGCCCCAAGUUUGACCUUGUGCUCCUAGGAAUGGGAUCCGACGGCCAUGUUGCCUCGCUAUUCCCUAACCACUCUGUGCUCGAGGAGAAAGAUGAGUGGGUAACCUAUCUAACUGAUUCCCCCAAACCUCCACCUGAGAGAAUCACAUUCACAUUGCCUGUCAUCAACUCAGCUUCCAACGUUGCCAUAGUUGUGACAGGUGAAAGCAAAGCAGAGGCUGUACACCUUGCAGUUGAUGGUGUGGAUCCGAAUUCCCCAUCAGUGCCUGCAGGGCUUGUCCAGCCACUGAAGGGGAAUUUGGUGUGGUUUAUGGAUAAACCAGCAGCCUCAAAACUCAUCGGCUACCAAAUUUCCGAGUAGGAUCAAUUCCUUCAUGUAUGUAAAAAGGGAUUCGACACAUGUGGUUCCAUUUCUUUUUCCUCUAGUCACCUUUUGUGUUGAUCUCCCGUUUUGCCUUGUCUUCCACUCUUCUUUGAUGGGGGGUCGGAGAAGUCUUAGUAUACCCUUUUGUAAGAAGAGGCAGAUAAAGCUGGGUCCUUUAUGCAAAAGCCAUUUCUGGUUCUACAAUUCUACUUGCUAGUAGGAAUUACUGAACAUUAGACAGAAUUCUCUACUGGAGCCAGACUGGCAUUUCGAA